AUUUUAUACAAAGUGAGAAUGUGCUUUUAAGUAAAUUUUGAUUCUAAACACAGGACUUACAAAAGAAUGUCUAUUUUCUAUUAAUCAUUUAUAUUCGCAUAUACUAUAACAAUUUUAGUAUUGUCCAUUUUUGCCUGGAAUUAAUAUAGUGAUCUCACAAAGCCUUAUGUUGACAGAAUAUAGAAUUGGGAGUUGGACCCAAUUUAUGAAGUUUAUAAAUAAGAAGUUUGCGAAUCUGAUUCAGAUGACUUUUUUAAAUUGUAGCAGGGUUAAACAUAUUAUACUAAAUGGACAAAUUCAAAUUAAAUAUUUUCCCUUUGCAUAAGAAGAUUAAAAGAUUACAACUUCGUACAGAAAUAUCAGAUAUACCCUAAAUGCUUGGAUACUGAAGAAUUAUGCGGUGGCGUAUAUGUUUAGAAUAAGUAUUGUGCACCAAAAGGAUAGUGUCCAAUUAAUAGUAUGCUGUUUGUAACUGGGGAUGAGUUGAAGAAAGUUGAUAAAACGAAAUACACAACUUAGUUGUAAAUAAAUGAUAACUUUUACUUGGUAACAUCAACCUUGGCGGAGAGUCUGCCAAUAAAUCAACUUGAAAUCUAUGGGACAUCUCCUUGUGUUAUUAGUUAAUAUACAAACUACGACACUAUCUUCUCUAAUGCCUUUUGUGAGAAUGACACAGCCUAUACUCUUUUGAAUCAAAUUGAUGAAAUGACAUUUGCAACUUCAAAUGGGUUUACUUCCAAUACUGCUGAUAAGGUUGGCAUAUAUUCUCGUAGUUACACUUAAUUUAAUAUUGAAUGUAGAUAGUAGAAUCUAAUUACUUGGGGGAUCAGAACUCUAAAAGACAGUGAUGCCAUUUAUCCUGUUCUAUCAAUACUAAUGAUAACAAGUAUAAUUCACUUUGGACUUGUUGGAUUUGUCUAGUCUUUGUAUUACUUUAUGUAAGUUCAAUACUAAGCUCCAACAAAUAAAGGUGUUCAUUAAGGAUUGUUACUAGUCAAAAUAUUCAUCUAAUAUUUUCAUUCAGCCAUGAUUACUUUGGCAUUUGGGUUGUGGAUAGAUAUUAAAUUAUUUCUACAAAUAUCACACGAUAUGAAUUGCAGUGAUACUUAAACAGAUACUUUUAUAAGCAAUGAAUUAGAUAACAUUGAUAAAUAGUGGAAAUUAUGCUUUGUUAUGUUUUUGUUGUUUGUAGCCUUUGCUUUACUUGAAUGUACUGCUUUCUCUAUUUGUUUGGAUAAGAAACUAAAAAAGAAGAUUGAACCAAAAUAUAGAUAGAUCACAUUCUCAACAGUCAAUCAAUCUCAAUUAGGAACCAAGUCGGAUAAUUCUAAUUUAUAUAUGUAUUUUAAACCCUAAUUCAAUUUACAAUAAGAACUAAAUCUAUAAUAAGAAUUGGGGGCUAAAUAGAUUGACUAAUUGGAAUUUCCAAAUUAAAUUUUAGAUAACUAAUAGCAAUUCAAUAAUAAUGAAGCUUCUAUUUCAAUGAAACAGUCUAAUUCAAUUGAUCCAUCCCUUUAAUAGUCAAUUCAGAGUCCCAUUAAAUAAUAAUCAUUAGAAAAAUAGCAAUCAUUAGACCAAUAAAAAAACAACCAAGCUCCGUAUAUGUAAUAGAUGCAACAAAAAUAAAGUUAGAGAUUAUAAUAGUAAGGCUAUAUAAUACCUCAACAAUAAAUUGAUUUAGCUAACUUUUAAUCUUAACAAGUUCCCAUUCAGAAACCUUCAAUGAAGUACGAUAUUGAUGAUCAAAUCGACAGCGAAGAAUAGAAUAAUCGCACUUAUCAAGUUCACAAAUGA